AAAUGAUGAUAAAAGUUGUAGAAACUGAACUUCUCUUCACUUGAUUGCUGUUGGAUGAAAGGAACUGAGACUAAUUGCUUGAAUUGCUUAAAACUGACUUGGUUGUUCUAGAGGACACCCAAACUAAUAUCAUCAUGAACAGCGAUGAGCAAAGCAUUGCAGUGCCACAGAAGUUAUUGAGUCCAAGCCGGAGUUCCAACAGCUCUCUUAGACCAGAUAUUCGCCAGAUUGAGAAAGGAAAACUUCAUGGAUGCAUUGAUGUCGGCCUGUCUGUGAUGUCGAUAAAGGAAAAAGCAAAACGCAUUGAUAUAGAUACAGAAGAGCAUAUAUAUCACUUGAAGGUGAAAUUCAAAGAGUCUUUUGAUGAUUGGGUAGCAAAGUUACGUCAUCACAGAUUAUAUCGCCAAAAUGAAAUUGCCAAGUUCCCACAUGAUAUGUCUAGUCACUACCUCACAAUGUCAUCUACUGCAGACUCCCCACCCAGCUCUUUGGACUCACCUUCUUUAAGAAAGUUGCAGAGGGACAGCCUAACCAAACAGAUGUCAUUCCACACUAGUCCGAAUUUUCCCCUUGCUUAUCCCAACAACCAAUCUAAGGUGGCAGCGUGGUUGCAAAGUUCUGAAGAUAUAGAUAAAUGUUCGAAAGAUCUUUCUCAGUGCCAUUCAAAUUUAACAGAAUUAACACAGCUUUUACAAAGUAUGGAAGUUAUUCAUAGGACAUACUCCGCACCAGCUAUAAAUGCUAUUCAGGGAUAUGUUUUUGAAAGUCCCAAAAAGGAAAAACCUGUUCAGAGAAGAUGGCGCACCAAGAGUUUUGGCAAAGAUGCUAAAUCAACAUUACAGGUUCCAUCUAUCUCCACCAGCCCAAUGCGACUGCAUGCAUCAAAUCCUAACCUCUCUGAGGUAUUUCAAGGAGAAACUAAACACUUUUCAGAUAGCUCAGAUCUGCCCUCAGAUUAUUCAAAACUGCAAGAAGACUUUUGCAACAUUGCCUGUGAAGAAGAUACAGUAGUGGCUGCUGUAAAUUGA